AUCCGAAGUGGGGAAGGCCGGCUGAGACUUGAGAACCGUUAAGGCUGAGGUCCUGGGCGGAAGGAGGAGGGGAUUCCAAGCCGGCCUCCUGGGUGGAAAGGAAAAGUCUGGAGGAUGUGGGUGACUGGAGGCUUAAAGGAAGUGAGACCCGAGCAGAGGACGCCCCUGCCAGUCUGGGUGACCUCUGUAAGGAUGUGGGGGAGGGGGGGCGCUUCGGAAUAGCGGAAACGGACUGGGAGGAGCAGCUCCUCGCCUAGUAACCGGGACGCGGCUCCAGGUUCCCAUGGAGGGAGGCAGUAAUCUGUAGCAGCAAAUCGGCCGCACCCAACAUCAAGUUUCGCGCGCGGCUUCCCGGAAGUUGGAGGUGGGCCAAGUCCUCAGUUAAAGAGCGAGCCUGGAUUCUGGUGGAGGAGAAUGAAUGAGUGGAUGCCCAUUGCCAAAGAGUAUGAUCCUCUCAAGGCUGGGAGCAUCGAUGGGACGGAUGAAGAGCCCCAUGACCGAGCCAUCUGGAGGGCAAUGCUGGCCCGCUAUGUUCCCAACAAAGGGGUGUCUGGGGAUCCCCACCUCACUCUCUUUGUGGGCAGGCUGAACUUGCAGACAACAGAAGAAAAGCUGAAAGACGUCUUCAGCAGAUAUGGUGACAUCAGGAAGCUGCGGCUGGUCCGGGAUGUGGUCACAGGCUUUUCAAAGCGCUAUGCUUUUAUUGAGUACAAAGAGGAGCGAUCGCUGUUGAAAGCUUACCGAGAUGCCAACGGACUGGUUAUUGAUCAGCAUGAGAUCUUUGUCGACUAUGAGCUGGAAAGAAUCCUUAAAGGGUGGAUCCCUCGGAGGCUUGGAGGAGGGUUUGGUGGAAAAAAGGAAUCUGGGCAACUGAGGUUUGGGGGACGUGACCGGCCUUUUAGAAAACCCAUUAACUUGCCAGUUUUCAAAAGUGACUUCUAUGGAGAGGGGCAGAGAGAAAGGAGAGAAUGGUCCCGAGAUAGAACCUGGGACUGGAGGGCCAGAGACCAUGACAGAGGCCGAGAGAAGAGACGGCAAGAAAGGGAGACCACCAGGUCCUGGGAUGAGAAUGAGAGGGAAAGAGAAAGAGAUUUCAGAGAUGAGAGGAACAGGGGCCGAGAGAGAAAAGACCGAGAGAGAAGAGAUAGGAGCAAAGAACGAGACUCAAAAAAGCAGAGGGAUGACGAUAAACACAAGUAGUCAUAUGAACUUUUGGCAUCUCUACGAAAUCUCUCUCCUCUUCCUCUUCACCUGCAUGGGUGUUGGUCACCAGUGCUUGGGGUGCUUUCUUCUUCUCCUUUCCUAAAAGGCUCAGCGGUCACCUCCUCCAUGAAGUCUUCCUUUACAUGCCCAGCUCAAAAUGGACUUUUUCCUCUUUAGGUUUUCCAAAGCUCUCCCCUGAGCUCUCCUUUGCUACUCUCCUAGUCCAACCUGUUUUACCCUUAUUAUAUUCUAUUCUUGCAUCCCAACCAGGCUCAAACUUUGCUCAUCUUUGUACCGUCAGUCCUGUAUACAAUCAGCCGCUAAAUAAAUAUUUGUUUCAGAUGA